AUGGUUGUUCGCAUUCGUCUGGCUCGUUUUGGGAACAGGCAUCAGCCGUUUUACAAUAUCGUGGUCUCUCAGGCACGAUCGGCUCGGGGCUCGAAACCUUUGGAGGUCAUUGGAACUUAUAAUCCCAUCCCACAACGUCCAACGAACCUCUCCGACGAAGAAGCCCAGAAGGUCAGACCAUACAAGGAAGUCUCGCUCGAUCGAUCUCGAGCGAAGUACUGGAUUGGAGUUGGAGCGCAAGCGAGCGAGACUGUGUGGCGGCUACUGGACCUGGCCGGUAUUGCGCAGGGCAGACGAAAAAACCACAACUGA